AUGGGCUCUUUUGUUACUGAAACAUCAUACAAAACUCAACAACAACAGCAACGUCUAAUAGUGACAUCAGAAGAAUUUGAAUUUCAACGACGUGGUUUUAAAUUAGGUUCUUUACUCGGUGAAGGAUCAUAUGCCAAAGUAAAAACAGCAUUUAGUGAACGGUUAAAUAGAAAAAUAGCUAUCAAGAUUGUAAAUCGAAGAAAAGCACCAAUCGAUUUUCAACAACGAUUUUUACCACGAGAAUUGAGUAUAUUACAAAAUUUAGAUCAUCCACACAUCAUUAAGCUAUAUGAAAUUUUCAAUCAUGGUCAUAAGGUGUAUAUGAUUUUGGAGCUAGCCGGACAUGGUGAUUUACUCGAUUAUAUCAAAUUAUUUGGUCGAUUACCAGAAGAUCGUGCAAGGAAAAUGUUUCAACAGCUGGUAUCAGCAAUCGAAUAUUUACAUAAUUUAAAGAUUGUUCAUAGAGAUCUUAAAUGUGAAAAUAUUUUACUUGACUCUAAAAAUGAUAUUAAAGUAUCGGAUUUUGGAUUUUCUCGAUUGAUGUUAGAAAAAGAUUUAUCAUCCACAUUUUGUGGUUCAGCAUCUUAUGCUGCACCCGAAGUACUCAAAGGCACGCCGUAUAUUGGCCCACCUUAUGAUUGCUGGAGUCUAGGUGUUGUUCUAUAUAUUAUGGUGUAUGGAACAAUGCCAUUUGAUGAUUCAAAUGUUCGAAAAUUAAUACGUGAUCAACUUGAAAAACGAAUACAUUUUAGUCGACGAAAAGCUAUAACAGAUGAAUGUAAACAAUUAAUUUUAUUAUUAUUGGAACCGAAUGUGAAACAACGAGGAACCGUAGAACAAAUAUGGCAAACAGAUUGGAUUAAUAAUAUCAUUCAGCCAAUAUCGGCGAGAACAUCAAUCACGUACGAAGGAGAAUUAAAUAAACGAAUGACACCACCAAAACCAGGAAAAUUAAUGAAAGAGAAUAGUGUUGGAAUCACUUAUUUAGCCGAAUAUGCGACAUUAAAACGUUCAACGGAUAUAAUAAUGGCAGGCAUACCACCAUAUUCUUCGGAAUAG